AUGGCUUUUGACGGCACCGACGGCUUCUCAGCUGUCACCAAUGGCGUCGCUGGCCUAUCGCUCGACGAUGGUGCUGGCGGCGGUCUACCCAUCUUCGACAUCGAGCCAGUGCAGCUGCAGUUCAGCAUCGCGGCCGACUUUGUGGCUGCUCAAGUUGCCAACAACGUCCUAGUGCUGGCCCUGUCCAACGGUCGCAUUUUGCGUAUCGAUCUCAAUCGACCCGAGGACAUCGACGACAUUGAUCUCCCCAAGCGCCCGUCUGAGGUUGGUGUCAUCCGCCACAUGUUCCUCGACCCGACUGCCUCGCAUCUGCUCAUCUGCACCAGCCUCGGCGAGAAUUACUACCUGCACUCGCAGAGCAGGCAGCCCCGACCUUUGACACGCUUGCGCGGCGUCACAAUUGAGAGUGUGGCCUGGAAUCCUAGCUUGCCGACCGCUUCAACCAGGGAAAUCCUGCUCGGCGCCAGCGAUGGCAACAUAUACGAAACCUUUAUCGAAAGCACGAACGAGUUCUACAGGAAGGAGGAGAAGUAUCUCAAGGUACUGCAGAAAUUACCCGAUGGCCCAGUUACCGGACUGUGGGUCGAUAAUCUCGGCGGGAGGUCAGACAUGAGGAGGGUGCUCAUAAGCACGCAGAGCCGUCUUUUUCACCUGGUUGGCAAGGUCGGCCGAAGCCAUAACGAGGGCAGCGGCUCUAUUUAUACCAAGCUAUUUGAUUCCGAACAGCCCACCAUUCACGAACUAUCUAGGGUUUCUGGCUCUGCGCCGUCCACCUUGGCCGUGUCCCCCGACUUGCCCAACGCCAACGCCUACGAUGAUGUGUCACUCGAAAGGGCCUUUGCAUGGCUGUCUUCACAUGGCAUAUACCACGGCAAGCUUUUGUCCGCGCCAACGACCUCAGAGUUGGGCCCAAAGAUCUAUGCCGAAUCAAAGCUGCUGCCUAGGGCCCAGAUAGUGUCACCUGACACUUCUGGUCGGAAGAAGACGUCAUCCGAAUUCAUUGACGCCACCAUCUUGACGCAGUGGCACGUUGUCAGUUUGGUUGGCGGAAGGGUUGUCGCUGCCAACCGUCUCACCGGCGCCGUUAUCUAUGACCAAGUCAUCUUGGAGCAGGGGCAAAAAGCUUUGGGCUUGUAUGUGGACCAGCAGAAAAAUACAUUCUGGCUAUUCACAGCGCAAGAAAUUUUUGAGAUCGUCGUUCGGGACGAGGACAGGGACAUCUGGCGGAUAAUGCUGGAGAGCCAGCAAUUCGACCAAGCCUUGCAACACGCGCACACGGCUUCGCAGAGAGAUGCCAUCGCCAUGGCUUCAGGAGAUUACCUCAUUUCUAAAGGGCAAUAUGUCGAGGCUGCCGGAGUGUAUGGCAAGAGCAGUAAAUCAUUUGAAGAGGUUGCGCUUACAUUUAUUGACCACAACCAAAAUGAUGCCCUACGAAAAUAUCUAUUGACAAAGUUGACGACAUACAAGAAAGCCCAAAUCAUGCAGAGGAUGAUGAUUGCCACAUGGCUGAUUGAAAUAUUCAUGGCCAAACUCAACUCUCUGGAGGAUACGAUCAAGACCGAAGCCGAGCUGGUUGAGAAUCUCAACACGGACCAGUCAAAAGAGCAGUUGGGUACGAUUCGCGAGGAGUUUCAGAGCUUUGUGAACAAACACAAGUCAGAUCUGGAUCGCAAAACUAUAUACGACGUUAUCAGCAGCCAUGCACGGGAAGAAGAGCUGCUCUACUUUGCCAACGCCACAAACGAUUACAACUAUGUGCUCUCCUACUGGGUUCAAAGAGAAAGAUGGACCGAAGCCUUGAAUGUACUCAAGAAACAGACAGAUCCCGAGGUUUUCUACCGAUAUAGCAGUGUGCUCAUGACGCACGUUGGGAACGAACUUGUUGAGAUCAUGAUGAGACACCCGAGCCUCAAGCCACGGAAUAUAAUCCCAGCUCUCCUGGACUACGAUCGGACUUUCUCAGGUUCGCUACUACAAAACCAGGCAGUUCGAUACCUGCAAUAUGUCAUCAACCAACUCAACUCUACGGAUGCCGCGGUUCACAAUACUUUGGUGUCUAUAUAUGCGGCGCACCCGAACAAGGAUGAAUCGGGUCUCCUCAGCUAUCUCGAGUCUGAGGGUGAUGAGCACCGGUUCGAUCCUGACUUUGCUUUACGGCUCUGCAUUCAACAUAAGCGGACCCUAGCUUGUGUUCAUAUUUACACCAACAUGGGACAGUACGUCCAGGCUGUCGAUCUUGCUCUUUCUCACAACGAAACAGAAUAUGCCGCCAUUAUUGCUGACAGGCCCAUGAACAACCCGGCGCUUCGCAAGAAGCUCUGGCUUGCGGUAGCGAAGAAAGUCAUCUCGCAGUCCAACGGCAUCAAGACGGCAAUUGAGUUUCUAAAGAGAUGUGACCUCCUCAAGAUUGAGGACUUGAUCCCAUUCUUCCCAGACUUUGUCGUGAUUGACGAUUUCAAGGAUGAGAUCUGUAAUGCGCUUGAAGAUUACAGUCGCAACAUUGAUGGACUCAAGCAGGAAAUGGACGAAAGCUCGCAGACAGCUGCAAACAUCAAGAUUGAUAUCGCGGCUCUCGAUCAUCGUUACGCUAUUGUUGAGCCAGGGGAGAAGUGCUACGUCUGUACCCUGCCAUUAUUGAGCAGGCAAUUCUUUGUCUUUCCCUGUCAACACGCCUUUCACUCAGACUGUUUAGGAAAAGAGGUUCUCAAACAGGCUGGUGUUGGCAAAAGCAAGAGAAUAAAAGAAUGCCAGGUACAGAUCAGCAAGGGCCUCGUCAGUGGUUCCAAGAAGGAUGCUAUGGUCGCCGAGUUGGACGCACUUGUCGCUUCGGCAUGUAUUCUAUGCAGCGAAUAUGCGAUCAAGCGUAUCGACGAGCCUUUCAUCACUGUGGACGAUGACAAGAACGAGUGGGCACUGUAG